AGAUCCGCUAGUAAACUCUAGGCUGUAAACUCGGUCUGGAGUAUGCUUCUCAAAGUGACACCCCAAAGGGUGUCCGUGGGUGUCGUGUCUCUGCUGUUACAGAUAGCAGUUACCUCGUCGCAAAAUUACUAUGAAAAGAGACAUGAACAGCAUGACCAUGUACAUACAUACGACAUAACGCAGUAUGUACAGACAGCCUGCAUAAAUCUACGUUGCGUCAAAGUGCGCACGCCAUGCACUGCAGAUGUCAACUGUCCCUAUUUUCCUAUCGCCAAAUGUGUCAGUGACGUGUGUGUUCGCCUUCAUCAAAGCUGUAGAGAAGACAGAGAGUGCCCGUACUACCCGGAAACUGUGUGCAAUAAAGAAAAGUACUGCGACAAGAAAGGCGAAAAGCCAAGACCAGUGCUGCAGCUUACUAUUGGAGUCAUUUUCAUGCGGCCAAAUCGAAAAUUUUGUACAAAGGACCGUGAAUGUUCGGAUUAUGUGGAGAGCAAAUGUUUUUACGGACAUUGCGUAAGAACUUUGGGACAAAUUUGUCGUAUUGAUCGCGAAUGCCCAUUUUAUCCAAAUACUGCAUGUAUCAACAUGCGUUGCAUAAAAGUGGGCAUGACCUGCACGACAGACGACAGUUGUCCUCAUUUCCCUAAGCUCGAAUGUGUUGAUGGAAAAUGCAUUCGACUUCAUCAAAGAUGCACCAAGGAUAAGGAUUGCCCGAACUACCCAGCUACAGUAUGCAGAAAUCAACAAUGUCGCAAGAAAGCUGGACCUCUGUCUACCGUUGGAAUAGCUUUCGUUUUGCCUGAUAGAAAGCCAUGUCGAACCAUCAGAGACUGCUCGGAUUAUGCAAACACUGAGUGUUUUCGUGGAGCAUGCGUAAGACAUGGAGUAAGAUGCACCAAGGAUCGAGACUGCGCAAAAUAUCUCGGAGCACAGUGCAUCCAUUCACAGUGUUUCAAGUUUCCGCAGACUUGCGACAAAGACCAAGACUGUCCCUUCUAUCCUGAGGUUGGAUGUACAAACUCGCAGUGUAGGAGAACGGACACAUGCAACACAGAUAGUGACUGCUUACGAUAUCCUGGUAAAGCUUGUGUUAAUAGGAAGUGUCUUAGCGUCGAACGGCUUUGCAAGGCAGAUAAUGAAUGUCUAGGCAAUGCUAUUUGCAUUUUGGGUCACUGUUAUCACUCAGAUAGACGAUGUACAACUGACAAAGAUUGUCCAGCACAACCGCACACUAUGUGCUUUAACUCUAAAUGUAUAAAGUCAGUCUCAUGCAAGAAAGAUGAUGAUUGUAAGCGCUAUCCAUCCACCUACUGCGUUGCUUCACGCUGCAACAGGCUAGGACAAAUGUGCCGGAGGGAUUCAGAUUGUCCACUUGACCCAAUGGUUUACUGCCUUAAUCGAGUAUGCACAAAAUUGGGACAGCAGUGCAAGACAGAUUCAAACUGCAUCUCAGCACCUGGUGUAGGUUGUGUAAAAUCCCAAUGCGUAAAAUAUGGCCAGCUCUGUCUUGUGGACAAGGACUGCCCGUACCGACCCUCGACUUUCUGCUUGAAUUCUCUCUGCGUCAAAAUUCUGAACUGCGUAAGAGAUUUAGAUUGCAAAACAUAUGCGGGUACGUUCUGCAUCGCAAGGCAAUGCAGAAAAGUCGAUCAACCCUGCCGCCAAGACAAAGAAUGCCCAUUUUAUCCCGAAGUAGUCUGUGUCAUCCGCAGCUGUGUCAAGAUUCGGCAGCCUUGCACCUCAGAUGUCACUUGCCCUUAUUAUCCAAAUGUGCAAUGCAUUGACAAAAUGUGCGUUCAUCUCCAACAGAGCUGCAAGGUUGAUAAAGAUUGUCCUUACUACCCGAACACAUACUGCAGAUAUGGUCACUGUGACAAGAAGCAUUUGCAUCGACCCCCAAACAUUGAGAUAGGAACGUUGUUUCUUGCACCGUGGAAAGACAAAUGCAAUGCCGAUAAGGAUUGCAAAGAAUCAAAAGCGAAGUGCAUUAUCCACUUCACUGCAAAUGGGACAACAAAGAAUGCUCCAUUUUCCGCAACGCAGUUUGCAUCAAUGGCAGAUGCAGAAAGAUCGGGCAAUCAUGCAGCACCGACAAAGACUGUAAAGAAGGGUAUUUUGUACAUUGUAUAA